AUUUCCGACCUACAUCUGAAUAAGUGUGAAUUCCCCCUUUCAUGCAUCUCGUCAUUUUCAUUACACCUUUUUCUUUUUGGUUCAGUUCAGCUAGCUGCAGCCUGCAGAAUUUAUAACAACUUCUGACUAUGACCAUGUCGGGUCCUGAAGAACACGGAAGCAUGAGCUUAAUGGGUUCGUUACGUGUGAUAGAGCUGCAGCUAGUGGCAUUCGCGUUGGUUUUCUCAGCAAGUGGUCUUGUCCCUCUACUCGAUUUAGCUUAUUCGGCCCUUAUCUCCAUCUACCUAAUGCUACUUGGGCGUUUUGCGUUUCCGUCGCAUGGGUGUGCGCCGGGCCCGAUGUUCCACGAAAGUGGGCUUUUCCAAGUGUACGUGGUUGUGGGCACGACGGUGGGCCUGUUCUUGCCGCUGGCCUACGUGCUUGGUGGGUUUGGGAGAGGGGACAAGCAGGCGGUGCGGUCGGCGAGCCCACACUUGUUCUUGCUGGCGUUCCAAAUACUGACGGAGAAUGUGAUAAGUAGCUUCUCGCUGUUCUCGCCACCAGUGAGGGCCAUGGUGCCCUUGAUGUACACUGUGCGGAGGAUCUUUGUGGAUAUUGGUUGGAUACAUGAUGUGUGCCUCAACAAGACUUUGCCCCCAUAUGCAAACCUCAAGGAUAAGGCGUGGUUUUGGUUUGGCAGGGUUUUGGCAGUGGCUAACCUGGUAUAUUUCUCCAUCAAUCUCUUUGGGUUCUUGAUACCAAGGUUCCUGCCAAGGGCUUUUAUGAGAUAUUUCCAAGAGAGGGGAGAGAUUUAUGCCAAGCUAGUUGAAGAGAAGCGAUAUGUGAAUGUGGUCAACAAUAAAUCCCAUCCACCGGACAAGAAGUAACAUUAACUAAGGAUUUUUGUCAAUAUCUGUUACUAUUUUAAACGUGUGAAUCGUAAUUCGAGUCUCUCUCCCCAAAAAGGAAAUCAUCUGAAAAGUCAAUGUUCUCAUGAAGUAGUUCUGGUACCUUUCAGCUUGGAUAAAGUUCAUCAAGUUAUUAACAGAUGUCUUGUUUCUCCCGA